GAGCUCUUUGGCUACCUGCACGGGGCCAAGAAGGAGACGCGGUCGGAGCGGAAGCACCAGACGUCAGGCGCCUGCUACAAGCGUGACUACGAGAGUGACCGCGAGAACCGGUCCCCUGAGCGCUGCUCCCGUGAGCAUCACCGCGGUGCUGACUUCUCCAAGAGCUCCCUGCCUGAGAGGGGCCGCUUUGACAAGUGCCGCAUCAGGCCCUCGGCCUUCAAGGCAGUGGCUGGGAAGGGGCUAGUCUCCAUGCAGGGCCUGUCCUCGUCCAAAGGGCAGAAGCUGUCCAAGAGCAAUGGGAGCCUGCACACGCUGCUGUCGCAGAGCAGCACAGCGCCCUCGCAGCACGGUCCGCUCCGCACCCACCUGCUCCAUGCCAUCAGCCUGGAUGAGGCCUCCGACUCCAGCCACAACUCCAUCCAGAGCUUUCCAUCUUAUG